UUCCUUAAUACUUAAUAUAGUACAACAUGAAACUCUUUACCCUUCUCUUUACAGAUCAUUCAAUCACUCCACUAUCAACGGUCCACCAAAUCCCACGUGUCACCAACCCGCACCAUCACCUUCACCCCUAAGCAACUCUCUUUCUCCAUUUCCUUUUGCUCUAUAAAGUUCUUUUGCACCAUCACAUUACACCACACAACAAACAAAUUUCAUUAAUUUUGAUUCUCUUUUUUACCUUACUAACUCAUACUACAAUAUUAAAUAUUAUUAUUAUUCCCUUUGUAUAAUAUGAACGAUGGAGAGGGCGCUCAAAGACUGCUCAUUUCUCAUCACCUUCUUCCGAUUAUCUGAUCCCUUCUUUCACUUCCAUUCAAAAGCUUGAAAUUUUUAUGGUUUUGAAAGAGCUUCUGAAGUUGACACACACACACACACAUAUAUAGAGAUAGAGAGAGAGAAAAGGAUGGGAUUGAGUUGUAAACAGGUUUCCAGUGAUGAGGUUGAGUGGAUCCAGGGCCAGUCUUUGUUGCAGGCUCCAACUAUGGAGCGUCCAAAAGCUUCAUCAAUGAAAAGGCGACAUCAUCAAGAAAACCAGCUGCAGCAAUCGGAACCGCCAUUGAAGUGUCCAAGGUGUGAUUCUUCCAACACAAAGUUCUGUUAUUAUAACAACUAUAACAAGUCACAACCUAGGUAUUUUUGCAAGACCUGUAAAAGACAUUGGACUAAAGGUGGUAAUCUUCGCAAUGUUCCCGUUGGUGGAGGCCGUAAAAACAAGCGGCAUCAGACAUCCGCCGCCGCUUCUGCCAGUAAAACAACCACUACUACGAUCAAAAGCUCCACCUCUUCCGCUAUUCAACCGCAUCAGCUUCCGCCUGCCGAUCAAAAGUACAUACCGAACAUCAAAUUUCAUUCAUCGUUGCAGCAAAAUUCUGUAAAUUGCAGAAACUCGGAGAGAGAAAAUUUCAGCACAAACAAUGGAGUCUGCUUGGAUUCUACCAUGUCUCAAGGCUUACAGACUCCAUUUCCUUUGCCGUUUCCAUUUUCAAGUUCAAGCUCAUAUUCUUUGGAAACAUCCCCAUCUUCAAUAUCAGCCUCGUUUCAGUCUUCGAGUCUCUACAACUAUAGUGGAGAAACGAGGGAGGAUCCAACAGGUUCACAGACCUGGCAAGAACCUAUUACCAGCAAUGGCAUUGAAAUGGCAAACUACUGGAAUUGGGAUGAUAUUGAUGCACUUGUCUCUACUGAUCUCAACAUUCCAUGGGAUGACUCUGAGAUCAAACCAUGGAAAGAUCUUUAAACCAUGCAUAUAUAUUAAUUAUACAUGUUGUCCGGUUCAAUUUUUUUUCUCUCUUAAAAAUAUUUGUUACUCUAAGAAUUCUUUUUUUUUUUUGGGGGGGGGUAAUUUUCCCCUUUCUGAGAUUGAUUAAUUAACUAGAAAUUGCCCCGGAAAUGUUGAGAUA